AUGAUGGAUCUUGCCGUAUCAGGACCUGACCAGGCCCUACCAACUCCCAGAAUGGAUUCUUCUAUUUGCCUCAUUGAGGCGAGCUAUUCUGGGAACUUUGUGAUGCAACAAAAACACAAAACACAGAGUAUAGCGAACACAAAGGGAAAAUGGAGAAAUCUAGAGAAAGUGCGAUUUUACGUCCAAAGUCCGCUUCAGAUUUGCGGGUGCCCCACCAACUUUAUUGAACUUUUAGAUAAUUCUCUUCUAGGUCUGGAAUUGGUGCACAAUACAGAACAAUGGGACUGUUACGAUGGGCGUAUCGAUGCAGAGGGUUCUGCUAGUUUAAUUUUGGAUGUGACAGGUGUUUCUAGGGCAGUUCAGAACAAAGUCUCACAAAAAGAAAUCUGGAAUACGCCCAAUUCUUAA